AUGAAGUUCACCGCUAUGAUCUUCACUCUCAUGGCUGCUACUGCCGUUAGUGCUUCGGUCUUAGAGACCCGCGAUGGCUGUGGAAGCGCCUAUGAUCCCGACCAGCGACGCACAAACAGCCCAUGCCAAUCCUCCAACGGAAACAAGCAAUACUGUGGUUGCGACAGGAGCGGUAUUGUCCAGUGCAAAGGUGGAAAGUGGACAGAGGUUCGGGACUGUGGCAACAGCCCGUGCCGCGGUGGCAAAGAGGGCGGAGCCUUGUGCUAG